AUGGAGAAGUCGGCACGACCACGGACGGCUCUGAACGAGUGUGUCAAGGUGGUGGUGAGAUGUCGCCCGCUCUCAGACAAGGAGAGGAACGAGGGCCAUGAUGAGGUGAGGAAGGCUCGUCCCGAACAGAAAUGGUACGAGCGUCUGUCCACCAAGAACUCGGAUUAUAAGAAACUUAGCGCUCCCUUACAGGUGGUGAAGGUGUGGGCGGAGCGCGGCGCGGUGCAGGUCUACAACCCCAAGGGCGAGGAUAAACUGUUCACAUACGACGCCGCGUACGACUGUACAGCAGACACACAGACCAUUUAUGAUGAAAUGGUCCGUCCGCUGGUGGCGUCUGUUUUGGACGGCUUCAACGGCUGUGUGUUUGCGUACGGUCAGACAGGCACAGGGAAGACUCACACUAUGGAGGGCACUCCGCAACACGAGGGCAUCAUCCCGCGUGCCUUCAGACACAUCUGGGCCCACAUCGAGAACACAGCCUCGCCUGACGUCACACAUCUAGUGUCCUGCUCCUAUGUGGAACUUUACCUCGAGGACAUACGAGAUCUACUCUCCAAAGACUGCAAGAAACUCACCAUACGUGGACAGGAGCUGAACGGGUUCUACAUCCCGGAAAUGACGUCAGUGGUGUGCAAAUCCGCGGCGGAGAUGGUGAAGGUGAUGGCGUCCGGGAACAAACAUCGAGCUGCUGCCAGGACCGACAUGAAUGAACAUUCGUCACGAUCACACGCCGUGUUCCUCGUCACGCUGGAGACGGCUCACCGAGCCACCAACAGGAUACGCGUUGGGAAGUUGAACCUUGUGGACCUGGCGGGCAGCGAGAGGCAGAGGAAGACGGGAGCCGGCGCCGAGCGGCUCAGGGAGGCUGCGAGGAUCAACCAGGCGCUCUCUAGCCUAGGGAACGUGAUCUCUGCCCUCGCUGAGAACAGCCCUCACGUGCCCUACAGAGACUCCAAAUUGACUCGGAUCCUGCAGGACUCGCUGGGAGGUAACAGCAAAACGAUAAUGAUAGCGAACAUCGGACCGGCUUCAUACAACUACGACGAGACCAUCACCACACUCAGAUACGCGCAUCGAGCGAAAGCGAUAAAGAACAAGCCGGUGAGGAACGAGGACCCCAAGGACGCGAAGCUGAGGGAGUACCAGGCGGAGAUAGAGAGGCUGAGGACGCUCAUAGAGAGGAGGAGGGCCGCCGAGAAACGGAAGAAGAACAGACCGCAGAGACGGAACAGAGCGGAGUCCGAGGAAGACACGGCCAGUAUAGAGAACGAACAUAUUUUGGCAGAAUCGACCAUAGAACAGGAAAAGAAUAAGACCGAGGAGCUGGAGUCGCAGAUAAAGGCACUGGAGGAGCGACUGGUGCAGGGAGGAGGAGGGAAGGACCUGAUAAACAACUUGAACGAGACGCAGCAGAUACUGGAGCAGAGGAACCUGGAGAUAGCGGAGAGGAAGAAGAGGGAGGUGGAGAUGCAGCAGAAGAUAGACCUGGAGGAGGAGACUACGGCCAUAGUCACCAACACGUUCACCACGCUACAGCAGGAGGUGGACCACAAGACACAGAGGUUAAAGAAAUGUCUGUCGAAGUACGCGUGUCUCCGGGAGGAGGGCGUGGAGCAGCGGGAGGCGCACGACGCGGAGAGACGUGAGCACGAGGCGCUACACGCGGCGCUGCUGGCCGAGCUGCGGAGGAGGCUGCUGCUGGCCGACAGCUUCGUGCCGGAGGCGGGCCGCGCCACCGUGCUGCGGCUGCGGUACAACGACGACACGGACACCUGGGAGCUGCCCGCACACAGCGGGGCCGAGCCGCUCACCGACCGGCCCGUGGCGUCCGGCGCGCGACGACCGACCUGCGCGCUGGCCCUGGCCGCCACCGAGCCGCGCCGCCGCAGCCACAACCUGCUGGACCUGCGCCCGCUGCCGCUGCCUCCCACCGCGCGCCGACACCUGCCGCCGCCCACCCCCGCGCCUGCUCCAGCUCGCGCCCCUCCCGCCCCCCGCACACACGCCCCUCUUAAGUCCGUGGAGGUGGUCGGCCGCAAGGAGUCAGCCGUGGACCGCGGCCGGCUGAGCGCGGCUCGUCCCCGCGCGCCCUCGGCUCACCACCGCCUCGGCACGGCCGGCGUGCGGUAG